GGGAGGAAGAGUAAGCAGCUAGAGUUAGUUAGCUGCUGUGUGGGUAACGCCCCCUCCCCUCUCUCUUCCGACGUCUGUGGAGGGGAGGGCGUAAAUGUUCCUGGUUCCUUCACUGGUGCGGGGCUCUAUUGGGCACAAUCAGCCUAGGACCGGCCCAGUUUGGGCUCUCCUUAUUCUGGCUCUCGGAUGGCCCCGUUAUGGGCUCUGAUAUGGUGCCUUUUUAUGGGUUUAGAGCAGACCUGGGGGAUGAAAUGGAAGAGUAAUGACAGAAGCCAAACUUUUAGCCUGAAUGGCAGGUGGGAUAUCCGGAACUCACACGGCUCUUAUAAACUGAAAGGGGAAGUUCCCGGGUGUGUGCACACUGCAUUAGCAGAACAGCUUCUGAUUGAGGAUCCCUAUGUGAGAUUUAAUGAUGCCGUUUACAAAUGGAUUGCACAAGAUGAAUGGAUUUAUAGCAGGACAUUUUCACUUCCACUAGACAUAAGAUUAUGGCAGAAAGUCAUUCUGGUUUUUGAAGGAAUUGAUACUGUAUCCACCAUUUUGCUUAACAACAUUUCAGUUGCGAAGACAUAUAAUAUGUUCACCAGAUAUACAGUUGAUGUUACCAAAAUUGUUGCAAAGGACAACAACAUAGAAGUACAAUUUCAGUCUGCUGUAAAUUGGGCAAAAGAUAGAAGUGGGAACUCUACCUAUAAAGUCCCUCCAGACUGCCCUCCUCAAGUACAGAAAGGAGAAUGCCAUGUCAAUUUCAUCAGAAAGUCUCAGUGCUCAUUUAGCUGGGACUGGGGGCCUUCCUUUCCCACACAGGGUAUAUGGAAGGAGGUCAGGAUUGAAGCAUACAAUGCUUUUCACUUGGACUAUCUUUCUUUUGUCCCAGUGUUUGAUAAGAUUUCUCAGUGGACUGUUAUGUUUGAGUCUGUCUUUGAUGUAAUAACAAACGGCCCUCUGCCUGGAAACGUAACUGUGAAAAUACCAGAUCUUAAUGUGGAUGAAAUGCAGACAUUUGUGCUAAUACCUGGCCAGCAAGAACUCAAGAUGACUGUAAAAAUCAGCAAAAAAAUUGAAGUAAAUUUGUGGUGGCCGAAUGGAUAUGGGUCACAGAAUUCAUACAACCUGACUGUAAAAUUUCUUUUUGAUGGAGGUUACACUGUUGAAAAUACAACCAAGAUAUACUUUCGUUCUGUGGAGCUCGUGGAGGAGCCUAUUCAAGGUUCUCUGGGACUGUCUUUCUACAUGAAAAUUAAUCAGGUUCCUAUCUUCCUUAAGGGCUCCAACUGGAUACCAGCCGACUCAUUUCAAGACAAAAUUACCUUGAAUCGGUUGCACAAUUUAUUGCAGUCUGUGGUUGAUGCCAACAUGAACACCCUUCGUGUCUGGGGUGGGGGAUUAUAUGAGAGUGAUGAAUUCUACAGAUUGUGUGAUGAACUUGGAAUCAUGGUCUGGCAGGACUUUAUGUUUGCUUGUGCUCUAUAUCCUACCGACAAAUGGUUCUUAGAGACAGUAGAAGCAGAAGUAAUUCAUCAGAUGAGAAGACUUAGAUCCCACCCUUCCAUCAUUGUCUGGAGUGGCAAUAAUGAAAAUGAAGCUGCAAUCGCAGAUAAUUGGUUUUCGAUACCUGCUGAGAAGGAAGAUGUUUAUAGAAUGGACUAUGUGACUCUCUACAUCAAAACCAUUAUGCCGUUGGUGCUUAAGAUGGAUGAAACCCGGCCUUUCAUCUCAUCAAGUCCUACCAAUGGGAAAGAAUCGGUUCAGGAGUACUGGCUUGCUAAAAACCCAUAUGACAAUCACUAUGGUGACAUUCAUUAUUAUAGCUAUAUAACUGACUGCUGGGACUGGAAGUCUUAUCCUAAACCUCGCCUGGCCUCUGAAUAUGGCUUUCAGUCUUGGCCUUCAUUAUCAACAUUAAAGAAGGUUUCCGUUCCUGUUGAUUGGCACUACACCAGCAAUUUCUGCUCUCACCGGCAGCACCACUCCUCUGGUAAUGAGCAGAUGCUUUCCCAAGCUAAGCUGCACUAUAAGAACCCUGAGAACAAUGAUCCCAUCAAGGAAUUUCAGUACACUUUGUAUUUAACUCAGGUUAUGCAGGCACAGUGCGUAAAGCUGCAGACCGAGUUCUACAGGCGCAGUAUGAGGGAAAUUGUGGGCGGUCUUGGCCACACUAUGGGGGCUCUCUAUUGGCAGCUGAAUGAUAUAUGGCAGGCACCUUCUUGGUCUUCAAUUGAGUACGGUGGAAAAUGGAAAAUGCUCCAUUACUAUGCAAAGAAUUUCUUCACCCCUGUUGCUGCAAGUGCGUUUGAAGACAAAGAUGUUCUGCAGAUUUAUGGAGUGUCAGAUCUGACUAAGUCACUGUCAUUGCAGCUUGAAGUUAAAGUCUACAGAUGGAAUUCACUACUGCCAGUUUGUGAACGGCUUACUGAAGAACUUAUCUUUAAUGUAAAUACAAGCCAAAUUUACAAAGAGCCUAUUCCUGAAUUACUAAGAAGGUGCCAGAACUCUACACGAGAAAACAGUGUUGUGGUGUUCUCUCUUUUAAACCAAGGACAGCCCUACAGCUCCAUGAACUGGCAUUACCUGACCUCGCUGAAACAUGCACAGGGGCUGCUGCAACCAAACAUUACGGUGUCAAUCACUCGAGAAAAUACAGGGUUUGCCUUUCAUUUGGUGACUUCUUCUGUGGCUCCCUUUGUAUGGUUGGAUGUCUGGGAUAUAAGUGGGAGGUUUAGCGAUAAUGGCUUUCUUCUGGCUGAAAAGACAAAGACUGUUUAUUUUUAUCCUUGGCAAACAACUAGUGUGGAUGAACUGCAGCGAUUCCUAAAUGUAACCACCCUCCAAGAUAUUUAUUGAAGACAGCCUGAUAUUUAGGAAUUUCUGUAUUUUUAGUUUAAAGUGGAAAGUGUCUGGAGAAAUUAAAUGCCGGAAUAUCCAA